CGGCACGUGGGUUUGUAACAGGGGCAUACAUGUGCAGUUUGCAUUUUUCGUUCUUGGUUAACUUUGAGUAAUAAAAUGUUACAUAUCCUUAAUGAUUUUAUUUGGAAAGUCAAAAUGGCGUCCCGAGUCAACCUGACACUUCGAGUAUGGAAUCUGAGGUGUGUCUUCCCUCAGUUGAGAUAUCUGAUUCAGACCUCACGUCGCUUCAGCAUUCUGAGGUUUUAGAAGUAGGAUACACAGAAAUAACACAAAAUGAAAGUGAAACUAGGACAGCUGACUUGGAAGAUAUCAAAGCUGAGACAGAGAAUGAGACAAACUUGGGCAGUGAUAUUAUGGCCAAUCAGAUUGACAAUUCCAUAACAGUGAAUCAAAAUGACCAGAAGACUCGCAGUGAAGCCAUUGUUCUUCAGAUGGAAGGGGGUAAAGGGUCAGUUCCUGUUGAGAAUGUCUUUCAAAUGGAAAAUGAGUUGGGGGAUGGUGGCUAUAUAAUUCUCUCAGGAGAUGCUGCAGCCUCUUUUGGUGUGGAAGGCAGUGAACCAGCGACCAAGAAGAUAAGAAUUGAUGGCGAGUCCUAUAUUGUUGCUGUCACAGACGAAGGAAACAAAGCUAUUAGUAUAGAGCAUGACAAAUCAGGCAACGAGCAACAAAUGUUCCUGGUGACAACAUCAACAGCCAGUGGAACAGUCAACCCACACAAAGUGACCAACAGCAUCGCACAGAAAUCCGAGAUCAACCAGGCCUGGUUCACAACCCGAGAUGACAAGCAGGCCCUGCACAACACAGGAGUCAGUUGGAAACAGGGUCAGUGGACAAACGAGGAGGUGGAGAUACUACAGAGUAACAUUACCAAUUACUGCAAGGAAUACAAUAUUGCAGAUCCGACAGAAAUAAUUUUUGAAAUGUCUAAGGAUGAGCGCAAGAAUUUCUACAGAACAGUGGCCAAAGGGCUGAUGAGGCCAUUAUUUUCUGUGUAUCGAAGGGUGACUCGAAUGUACGACCAAAAGAAUUACAUGGGGAAGUAUACAGUGGAGGAAAUCGACUUACUGAAAGAGCUGCGUAAAAUGUACGGCAAUGAUUGGGCCACCAUAGGACAGGCUUUAGGAAGGAGUGCUUCAUCUGUGAAGGAUAAAUGUCGACUCAUGAAGGAAACCUGCAACUCAGGAAAAUGGCUUCCAGAAGAGGAGAAAAGAUUGUGUGAUGCAGUGUAUGAGUUAAGUGGAACUAAACAAGGUGAAAGUGUGACCUCUGGGCUGUCCUGGUCCAAUGUGGCAGAGAGGGUGGUGACACGAUCGGAGAAACAGUGCCGCACAAAAUGGCUGAACUACAUGAACUGGAAGCAGAAGGGAGGGACGGAAUGGACCAGGGAGGACGACAUGAAUCUCAUCCUAAGAAUAUCCAAUCUUGGAGUGUCCAAUGACACUGAGAUAGACUGGAAGGCCCUGUCAGACAACUGGCCGAGUGUGAGGUCUCCACAGUGGUUGAGAGGAAAAUGGUGGUCGCUGAAACGGAACUAUCACCACUACCAGUGCAUGCCAUUUCAAGAUUUGCUUGAACAUUUAAAGACCAACCAUGUUGGAAAUGUUCGGAUGAAGAACCAGAUGAAAUUAUCCUCGGAAAUGGUAGCCAUGCCAGUAACUCUACAAACAGGUUCAGAUGGUUCGACCACUACUGAGGCUGUACAGACGUAUGAAAUCCUACAUCAGACCAGCUCAGGGGCUUUCCUGAUCACACAACCCAACAAUAACCCGGCCAUCACCAUAAAUGGCUCCCCAGUCACCACCGAUCAUAUUAUUGUCCAUACAUUACCUACCUCCACAGCAGUACAGGGUCAGGAGCACUUGGCAGUACAGAUGAACCCAAUCAUACUCAACACAUCCACAGACAGUCUUAGUCUCGACUCGGCAGAAAUCUCACUACAGAACUCCACUAACAGUACCGAGCAAGACUUGGCAGAUCAGAUGAUAUCCAAUUCCACACCUGAAAUUGACACACAGACUGAAAUUACUUCAGAGUCUACAUCUUUUGAAAAUGAGGCCAUAGCAUCAUCUGUGAUAGAAGCGGACCAUGAGGCCAGUCAGUCCCAGAUCGUUAUAUCCUCAGAGAAUGACCUCCCGGGAAACUACAAGUUAGUGAUGGUCACCGCGUCCAAUGACAACAGUACCGAGGAGUACAUGUUCUCACAGUCAGAUCCCAUGCUGCCCUCGGGAGAGACCGACCUGAUUGGUGCUUCGUCUGACAUAGAUUCUGACAAAGGUCAAGGUCAAGUCACACUGGACAUAUCCAGUCCAGACAUCACAACCUCAUCUUCAUGAAUAUUCAUAUCUGUGUGGGCUACUGACAGCACCAGAAGUCAUCUGGAAACCUCAGCAAAUACAGAGGUCAAUUUUAUGUACUGUUGUCCUAAAUGUUACAAAGAAUUUAAAGAUCAACAGUUUCAGUAAUGAAAAAUGUAGUAAAAAGCAGACAUGUAAGACAAGAACUAUGUUCUUAAUCUUUUACUAUGGAUAUUGUACAUGUGUGGUAUGACAAGUUUUUUUCUGCGUGAUAUUCUUGUAUGGUGAUCCCUAAAUGCAGGAGUCUGGUACAGCACAAAAUUAUGCAUGGCUGUUGAAACUAUUGAACCAUUUAGUCCCUGGAAAAUGAUGCAUGUAGUUUUUUUUUGUUGUUGAUGUAUAAAAGAAUUUAUAUGUGUGAUUGCAGUGAUGGGAAAUAUUUGAAACAAAUUGUUUGACCAACGAGACUCAAUGUGUUGUCUAUUAAAGUUGCUUUGUCCAAUUUUUUUGUUAUUACAGCAUCAAAUAAUUGUCCAUACAAACCAAUUAUCUUAGAGAGUCACAGGCUUUCUCUUUUUCACACCAGCAUAUUCAGUCUAUUUUCAAAGUUAGAAAUAUUCAAAGUAAAAAAAAUAAUUUCGUUAUGGCCAAACAAACAUACAAACCAAAAUGUAUCAUGUGAAUGUUUAGAAAAGGAAACCGUUUGGUUUCGUUUCCCGAAUAAUUGGGGUUAUUCAACCGCAUGCUAUGUGUCAAUUGUAAACAAAGCGAACAAAAUUUACUCGGGUUUAUUUUUAAUUUGCCAGAUCAAUAUGACCUUUAUUUAUAGCAAUGUCAAAGUCGUAAUACAACCAUACCCGUCUCAACAUCAGGGGUCAAUUUUAACAUGAGGCGAAAUAACGUAAUGUCGUAUGUGUUGAUUAUAACAAAUUUUGUACAUUUUUAAUUAAAAUUUGGCUUAAUUGACCGGGAAACUACUGCAAUGUCUAUUAUUAUACACAUACUUAGCAUAACCAUUGUUUAAAAGCGUACUUAAUAUUUAAUAUAAAAUUGGACCAAGCAGCUUUAAUUGAAGUUGAGGGUAAGUAUUGGGCUAGCAGAAUCAAAAGCUGUAAUAUGUGACAAGGGGAAUAACUCCUGUCUCUUACAACUGAGAAAUGAGGUGUUUGUGGUUUCUUUGUAAGAAACUGUAGAAAAGCUAUAUUUGUAAUACAAAAUAAAAUGCACCCAUAGUGUAUGCUCCAGUCCUUCUGUUUAAAUCCAAGAAAUGCCAGUUUAAUGUUUAAAUAAAAGGUUAUUGUAUCCGGGUAGCUCACGUUUGUUACAAUGCUUACUGUUUCAGAUAUAUGAUGUUGUGUACAGUAACUGUUACUUUUUAAUGUUCCUGUUUUGAUUAUAAAACAUUUUUGAAAUGAAA